AAGCUGGCUUUUGAGAAAUAUGUUAGCAAGGUUGUCUUGCCAGUAGGUUUCUCCACGUUCGGUUAUGUUCAUGAGAGUGCUAAGAGGUUUGCGGAGCCUCUUGCGGGUGUUCUCAUCGAUCUUGCUGAUAAAAGUGCCUCAUCCCAGGGAAUGGGAUGUCGGUCAGUUUCUGGAUGUUGCAUGUGGGGGCAUGAAGUUCAGGCGCUCCCUGAUUGUACAUCAAUAGGUUGUCGGGAUAUUCCCCACUCACGGGUGGGAGGUGGGUUGGGCAUAAGUCAGGGGCUAUGUGUGUCUCUUGGGCAUUGGCGUAUUGACAUGGGCCCUGCUGGAGUGGGUCGAAAUGGUGGAGCAGGUUUUUGUUGA